UCCCACCAUUGCGGCGCGGUUCACCGGUCGCAGUACACCUAUAACUACGGUUGAAACCAGUACUGUGGUAAACUUGUGGAUCGUAAACAUGGCCCUCCCGGAGCACUUUGAGUUGAGCAAUGGUGAUCGCAUGCCGAGGAUCGGCUUUGGAACAUGGCAGGCCUCCGAUGAAGUAUUAGAAAAAGCCGUAGAUGCUGCUCUAGAAGCAGGGUACCGUCACUUCGACUCUGCGCGAGCUUAUGAAAAUGAAGCGGCCCUUGGGCGCUCGCUGCGCCGGUGGAUCGGUGACAACCCUGCCAGAAGAAAAGAGCUUUUCGUUGUCACCAAGUUGCCACCUGGAGGUAAUCGGCCUGAUCUAGUACCAGAAUACUUCAACGCAUCAUUAAGAGACCUGGGGCUGGAAUACCUGGACCUGUACCUGAUGCACACGCCGUUCGCGUUCGAGCACGUGCCUGGAGACCUGCACCCGAAGAACCCUGACGGCUCCAUGAGGGUCGAUCUCACAACUGAUCUCAUCGCUGUUUGGAAGAGCUUGUUGAAACUGAAGGAGUCCGGCGCAGUACGACACGUCGGAGUCUCCAACCUGAACGCGGAGCAACUCGCUAGGGUUUGUGCUGUGGAAAAACCGGCUUGCCUGCAGGUGGAAGUACAUCUGCUGUGCCAGCAGCCGGCGCUGCUGGCCGAAGCCAAACGGCUCGGCGUGCCUGUGGUCGCGUACUCGUCGCUCGGCUCCAAGGCCCUCGCCGACAUGCUAGCUGAAAAGACUGGGCGCUCAUACCCCGACCUGCUGACGUUGGAGCCGGUGACCCGGGCAGCGGCGGCGCUCGGGCGCACGCCCGCGCAGGUACUGCUCCGGCACGCGCUGCAGCGCGGCAUCGCCGCCAUCCCGAAGAGCACCAACCCGCAGCGGAUCCAACAGAAUAUAUCGGUGUGGGAUUUCGAGCUGAGCGCCGCAGAGAUGGCGGAACUGAACGCGUUGGACCGCGGCGAGGCGGGACGCAUUUGCGACUUCAGCUUCUUCCUGGGCGUUGAGAAACACCCCGAGUUCCCCUUCAAGAAGUAGCCUUAACGUUGUGAAUCGUAAAUACUAGGCAAUAAGGUUACUUUUACUGCGAGCUGAGCACCUCAGAGAUGGCGGAAUUAAACGCAUUAUACGCCGGCGGUCAGGCAGGAUGUAUCUGCGGGUCCAACAUCUUCAGAGCAUCGAGAAACACCAUAAAAUAUCAUGAAGUAGCCAUGCCAUUAUGAUCCUUAAAUACAAUUGGACAAGGUUACAUUUACUACGAGCUGAGCACUGCAGAUAUUACCAAGCUGAACGUGCUGGACUGCAGCGUUAACAAACUCGCCAAGUUCUGCGUCAAGAAGUACCCUUGCCGUAAUAAUCCAUAAACUACUGGUCAAUAAGGUCGGGAAUAGCAAUUCCGGAUUGCGCUAAUAUGCUGUAAUAUAUUCAGAUGCCAUGACAAGAUGAAAUUCGAGCAGCGUCAAGAGAUACUUCGAGUUCUUCAAAAGCCUCAUGUCUCCUAGCCUCAAGCCUUAUCUGCUGCCCGAUAGAGACGCAUCUAUGAGAAUUAUUGCUUUCUCAUUCUAAUCCCCUGCUGUAUCGGUUGUAGACGCUAGACGAUUUUCAAGGAGUAAAGAGCGCAGCUUGAUUUUGACGCGUGAUAAAAAAUUGUUUGUCAUAUUUUGUAGUAGGUAUCUGGAUGUUGACUCUUAUUCGCAUGUGAUAGAAAAAUUACUCAUUGUUUAUAAGAAAUAGGAAAUUAUUGCAUGUUGAAUAAUAUAAUUUAUUUGGUUUAUAAGUACAAGAAUACAAUGUACAUACAAACAAAUUAUAAUAAUAAUACCUAAGGUAGCAAGAACAGUAAGAAUAUUUUUGAAAAUACGUGUUUAUAGUUUAUGUACAAUAUUUUUGGCUCUAAGAAAUAUUAAACAAAAUUACCAAA